AUGCCAUCUGGAAGCUGCGCUUGCCGCCACAUCCGCUAUACGGCCUCUGUGCAGCCAAGCAGGCUGGUCAACUGCCACUGCGUCGAAUGCCGUAAGCAAUCCGGUGCACCCUACCUGGCCUUCGUCGACUUCCCGACAGACGCAGUCAAUUGGGACAUCAAGCCCACUGAGUGGCGUUUUAGUGAGACUGCUUCACGCUUCUUUUGUCCUCGCUGCGGCUCGACCGUGAUGAUGACCCUGGACUGUGAGCCUUCGAGCGUGGGAAUCGCCGUGGGGACACUGGACGAUGACGGAAGUGUCCAGGUCCCGCCGCCUACAUCUCAUAUCUUCCUAAAGGAGAAGGCUUCUUGGUUCCAGCUGCCUGAUGAUGGGGCGAAGAGGUUUCAGGGAUGGACGGAAUAA